UCAAAGCUUUGGUAGCUAUGUUCGUCCGGUACACUAUAGACGUUUCAUGGAUACAUUGCAUAAAUGACACUACACGGGUACCAUGUGGUACAGUAUGAUAUGUAAAAGCAUCGAUGUGUUAGAAUUUUUUUAAACGAAAAAUCUUGGUACAUUUAAGUAAAUCAGAAUGUUUAGCAGUGUAAGAAAUUCUGUUAUAUUACAAAUUAGAAAAUAUGGGCAACGAACAUACAUUCGUCAAUCUAUAGGUAAAUGUACAAAUAACUUAAAUCGACAAACCGAAGAGUCAUCAUCUACUCUUUGUCGAACAUGUGGACAACCAACAGCGAUAACACACCCUCAUCUAAUGAAAGAUGGAGAAGUUGUACCAGGUAUUCCACUCAGUGAGUUCAGAAAGAGAAGGAGUAAACUGAUGGAAAAUAUUGUUUCACAUGCUAGUGGCACAAGUCCCAGCAAACCACAUGUUGUGAUUAUUCCAUCAUCCUCUAAAGUGUACAUGUCUGACAAAAUACCGUAUGUUUUCCGCCAAAACACAGAUUUUUUAUAUUUCACUGGUUGUCAAGAACCCGACAGUAUUUUGGUAAUUACAGCAAAGAAUGAAAAUUUUGUAACCACGCUGUUCGUAAGGGAACAAGACAAGCAUUUUGAAUUAUGGGAUGGUCCUAGAACUGGAGUUGAAGAUGCACCAAAAAUAUUUGAUGUUGAUUUUGCACUUCCUGUAACAGAGUUUGAACAGUUUUUCGUUUCAUUUAUAAAUGAAAACAAAAAGAGUUUAAUUUGGUAUGAUAAUAUUGAUACAGUACAACCAAACCUGCAUAGAAAAUUACUUGAAUUAAUUAAAGUAACUGAUAGUCAAAGAUUUGUUUCUCCAAUAAGUAUAAUGCAUAAAAUUAGAUUAAUUAAAUCGCAAUAUGAAAUUGACUUAAUGAAAAAAAGCUGUGAGAUUGUUUCAGCAGCAAUAUCUAAAACAAUAAAAACAUCAAAACCAGGAUUGAGCGAGCAUCAACUGUUUGCAACUGUGGAUUAUGAAUGCCGCAUGAAUGGUGCUGAAUUCUUAGCAUAUCCACCAGUUGUUGCAGGAGGUAAAAAUGCUAAUAUCAUUCAUUAUAUUACCAAUAACCAGAUUAUUCAAACCGGAGAUAUGGUUUUGAUGGAUGCAGGUUGCGAGUACCAUGGUUAUUCAUCGGAUGUAACUAGAACAUGGCCGAUUAAUGGCACAUUUACACAUGAACAAAGAAUUUUAUAUGAUAUCAUACUGGACGUUCAAAACAUUUUAAUUAAUACAUUAAAAGAAUUGCCUUCCUUGGAUCAAUUAUUUCAAGAUAUGUGUUCUUUGUUAGGCAAAAGAUUACAAGAAAUUGGAUUAAUACCAAAACAUUUGAACAGAGACAAGUUACUUUCUGCAGCUUAUUCUUAUUGCCCGCAUCAUGUAAGUCAUUACUUGGGAAUGGAUGUACAUGACACAGGGAAAAUCUCCAGAAGCAUAAAACUUCAACCAGGGAUGAUUGUGACUGUAGAACCUGGUAUAUAUAUAAAUCCUAGAAACCAAUUCGCCUUACCAGAAUUUUAUGGUUUAGGUAUUCGCAUCGAAGAUGAUGUCUUAAUAACGGAAAGCGGACCGGUAAUUUUAACAGAAAGUUGUCCAAAAGGAAUUGUUGAAAUAGAAACUUUAGCGAAUCAAAAUCAAUAAUAACAAUAAAAAUACUAUGUAAAUGUUUAUAUGAAACAAGAAAUACGUUAAAACCGAUUAUGAACAAAAUUAUAUAGAUUCUCGUUAUUUAAAAAUUUGUUUAAAAUGAAAUAAGAGAAUAUUAUGUACUUGCAAUUCAUAAAAAAUAACUAGGAGAUACAGUAAAGGAAC